AUGGCGCUACACUGUGGCAGAUCAUGCCGGCAGUAUCUGCUACAUUUAGCACACGAUCAUGUUGACUUCAGAUUACCGGAGAUCAAAGCGUUGCUGUCUCUUAGGGGCCGACAGUUUGAUCCGUCCGAAAACUUCCAAGAAAGGUCUCCAUUUUGGCGACUAAAUGGCUUAUCGGAGGAUGACGCGCGGAGCAUCAUGAAACGAACAGUGUGCGGAAAGUCUGUCUUUGAACUUUGGGGUCAUGGAGCAACACAAACUGAGCUGAAGACAUCCCUGUUAGAGUACCCGGCAGAGAACAUGGCUCCCUACCUAAAACAAGAAUCAACAUACAAGAUUAAUGUCUACACAUUCAACAAGACAUUGUUGUUCAAAGAUCGAAUUGAAAAGAUAGAUGCUUUGGACUUCCUACCAUUUGAAGGGAAGGUUAAUCUGAAGGAUCCAGAUCAUGUUUUCUGUUUACUGGAAGACUAUGGCUCUGACCCCAAUGACAUCCCAGAGAAACCCUUGUAUAUGUAUUUUGGUAGAUGGAUUGCAGAUGGCCAGAGGGAACUGAUUCGCUCUUACAGUGUGAAGAAGAGACACUUCAUCGGGAACACUAGCAUGGAUGCUGGCUUAUCUUUCAUAAUGGCCAACCAUGGCCGAGUGAAAGCCCAUGACCUGGUAUAUGAUCCUUUUGUAGGAACAGGGAGCCUCCUGGUGGCGUGCUCUCACUUUGGGGCUUAUGUGUGUGGGACAGAUAUUGAUUACAACACCAUACAUGGAAUAGGUAAGGCCAGCAGAAAGAACCAGAAGUGGAGGGGUCCAGAUGAGAACAUUCGAGCCAACCUGCGGCAGUAUGGUAAAGAACACCUCUAUGUGGACGUCCUCGUGUCAGACGCAUCCAAACCUGUUUGGAGGAAAGAGGCACUAUUUGAUGCCAUCAUCACAGACCCUCCAUAUGGUAUUCGUGAGUCAACAAGGAGAACAGGUUCUCAUAAGGACAUUACCAAACCCCCUGAUGACUUCUCUGGAGAGAGUCAUGUUCCAGUUUCCAUGGCAUACCAUCUGAGUGACAUCUUCACUGAUCUUUUAAAAUUUGCUGCUCAGCACUUGGUCCUUGGUGGGCGACUAGUAUACUGGCUUCCAGUCUACAGACCAGAGUACUGUGAGGAGAUGGUGCCGAUGCACCCAUGUCUCACUUUGAUCAGCAACUGCGAGCAGACCUUGUCCAGCCACACCUCACGACGACUCAUCACCAUGGAGAAGACCAAAGAGCCAGAGGAGACAGAUGCACUAGCACACCUGGCAGACCCACGUUUCAGGCCAUACCAAGGCCACAACUCCUUCAGAGAGAAAUACUUCAGCGGCCUUACAAAGAAGAGUUCAAGAGAACACAGCAAAACCUCUUCAGACGGAGGAGAGUGA